GCUGCUCUCCAAGGAACACACAAGCAGGGAGAACUCAUCUCUCCUGUUCCCUGUUGCCAGGGUCACAUCAUGGAAGAGCACACCCACACUCAGAGCCCCGGUCAGCCCUCGUCAUGUGACACGUCAGAUGAGCGGCGGGGCGUGUCCACACUGCCGAACACCCGAAGCGCUCCCGGAAACAGCCGAGGAGAAGCGAGCAUCCCCAACCAAAAUGGCGGCGGCUGUGGUGAUGAUGAUGGUUCGGUGGAAGCAGUGAGGGAAUUUGCGUGUCGCCGCCACGGUCGCUUUGGGGGAUAAAGUCAUUUGUAUUCGUUGCACUGUCUCCUUGCUUCAUCCGGCCGCCUCCAGAGCGCCCCGCCGAUAGCCCAGUCUUCUCUCCUCCUCCCCAUACACGUCUCUGGGCCUUGCAGGCUGCACAAGCACCGCAUUCACCGGCUUGACGGGCCGCGGGUAGCGCCAUCUCCAUGCUCAGGACGCGGCUCCUUCCUGAACGAUGUGUGAGAUCUGCGCCGACCUGGUGGAGGUGUUAAAUGAGAUAUCUGACACUGACAACAGUGAUGACUUACAGCUCCGAAAAGAACAUGCGCUUAAGAUAUUUGCUUAUAUUAAUUCCUGGACACAAAGACAGUGUCUAUGCUGCUUUAAGGAGUAUAAACAUUUGGAGAUCUUUAACCAAGUGGUGUGUGCCCUUAUCAAUUUGGUGAUUGGCCAAGUCCAAACCCUAAGGGACCAGCUUUUAAAAUUUUGCACUACUAGCCCUGAUUCAAACUGGCAGGAUGAGGCCAACCCAUCCGAUGAGCUGCUGAAUGCGGAGAAAGAGACUCAGGAGGAGGAGGAGGAAGAAGGGGAAGAGAGGCGCCCAGAACCAUGUAAAGCCCCUGACAAACCGUUAGAAAGUGGAAGAACUUGCAAUGUAACGGAGGAGGACUCUCUAAAAAGCACUGACCUGUAUAGUUUAUGGAGUACUGAAGAAAAAGAAAAACUGUUGUUGUGUGUUGCAAAAAUCUUUCAGAUACAAUUUCCUCUUUACACGGCCUACAAGCAUAACACCCAUCCCACGAUAGAGGAUAUUUCGGCUCAAGAAAGCAAUCUUUUAGGAGCCUUUUGUGACAUGAAUGAUGUUGAAGUCCCCUUGCACCUACUCCGUUACGUGUGUCUGUUCUGUGGGAAAAAUGGCCUUUCUCUUAUGAAGGAUUGCUUUGAGUAUGGGACCCCCGAGACGCUUCCCUUUCUGAUAGCUCAUGCAUUCAUCACUGUUGUGUCCAAUAUCAGAAUAUGGUUACACAUCCCUGCUGUUAUGCAGCAUAUUAUACCAUUUAGGACCUAUGUUAUAAGGUAUUUGUGUAAACUGUCUGACCAGGAGCUGCGGCAGAGUGCGGCUAGGAACAUGGCGGACCUUAUGUGGAGUACUGUGAAAGAGCCUCUGGACACAGCUUUGUGCUUUGAUAAAGAGAGCCUUGACUUGGCUUUCAAAUAUUUUAUGUCACCCACACUAACAAUGAGGCUUGCUGGCUUGAGUCAGAUAACGAACCAACUUCAUACUUUUAAUGAUGUCUGCAACAAUGAGUCCUUGGUAUCUGACACAGAGACGUCCAUUGCAAAGGAGCUUGCAGAUUGGCUCAUCAGCAAUAAUGUGGUGGAACAUAUUUUUGGACCAAACCUACACAUUGAGAUCAUCAAACAGUGCCAAGUUAUCCUAAACUUUCUGGCAGCAGAAGGCCGGCUGAGCACUCAGCACAUUGACUGUAUCUGGGUAGCUGCACAGUUGAAACAUUGUAGUCGUUAUAUCCAUGAUCUGUUUCCCUCAUUGAUUAAAAACUUGGAUCCUGUGCCUCUGAGACAUCUCCUGAAUUUGGUAUCUGGACUUCAUCCCAGUGCACAUACAGAACAGACCUUGUAUUUGGCUUCAAUGUUGAUUAAAGCUCUGUGGAACAAUGCACUAGCAGCUAAAGCCCAGCUUUCCAAACAGAGCUCCUUUGCAUCGUUACUGAAUACUAAUCUACCAAUGGGCAACAAGAAAGGUUCGCCAGCAGCUAGCCCUCAGAGCAGCGACAACAGUGACACUCACCACAGUGGCGGAAGUGACAUAGAGAUGGAUGAACAAAUCUUGAACAGAUCUAAGCAUGUACAGCAGCGACUUUCAGAUACAGAGGAGUCGAUGCAAGGGAGUUCAGAUGAAACGGCGAACAGUGGUGAAGAUGCUAGCAGCGGACCAGGGAGUAGCAGUGGGCACAGCGAUGGCUCAAGCAAUGAGGUCAACUCCAGCCAUGCCAGCCAGUCUGCAGGCAGCCCCGGCAGCGAGGUUCAUUCAGAAGACAUAGCGGAUAUGGAAGCCUUAAAAGAGGAGGAGGAUGAAGAGGAGCAUUCCCACAACCCAUCAAAAAGAGUAGUUGACCUACAGAAGAGAAAGUUGGAGUCUCAAGCGGGUAUUUGUUUGGGGGAGCCCCAGGGGACAACGGAUAUAGGUGCAACAAGCAAUGGCACAUGCAAGGACCUGGUUUUUAAUUCAGAGUCUGUUCAACCAGGUGAUAGUCGCAUUCGCAUCUUGGAUGCCUGCUCCCACUCAGAAGAGCCUGAGCAUGAAAUGACGGGGGAGAUGAGUGGUGGCCACAUGCAAGGCUCUCAUGACACCUGCAUCGCCCGCAGCGGAGACUUCCUGGGAGAGGCUAUCGAGAAUGAGCUGUUCAACUGCAGACGGUUUAUUGGUCCCCAGCAUCACCACCACCACCAUCAUCAUCAUCACCACCACCAUCACCACCACCACCAUGAGGGGCAUAUGGUAGAUGACAUGUUAAGUGCGGAUGAUGUGAGUUGUAGUAGCUCACAAGUUAGUGCAAAGUCUGAGAAAAACAUGGCGGACUUUGAUGGUGAAGAGUCUGGCUGUGAGGAAGAACUUGUUCAGAUUAAUUCCCAUGCUGAGCUGACCUCCCACCUCCAGCAGCACCUUCCCAAUUUGGCUUCUAUUUACCAUGAGCAUCUGAAUCAAGGUCCCUCUGUACAUAAACAUCAGUACAACAGUAAUGCAGUGAUGGAUAUCAACUUGGACAAUGUUUGCAAGAAGGGGAAUACACUUCUUUGGGAUCUUGUUCAAGAUGAGGAUGCUGUUCACCUGUCUGAAGGUUUAAUAAAUGAAGCAGAGAAGCUUCUUUGUUCCUUGGUUUGCUGGUUUACAGACAGGCAGAUUAGGAUGCGUUUCAUUGAGGGCUGCUUGGAAAACCUUGCUAAUAACAGGUCUGUCGUUGUCUCUCUCCGGCUUUUGCCAAAAUUAUUUGGGACCUUUCAGCAGUUUGGGAGCAGUUAUGACACCCACUGGAUCACUAUGUGGGCGGAGAAGGAACUCAACAUGAUGAAGCUUUUCUUUGACAAUCUGGUGCACUAUAUCCAAUCCAUGCGCGAUGGGAGGCACAAACAUGUUUUGUACAGCCACAGUGCUGAGGUUCAAGUACGGCUGCAGUUUUUGACCUGCGUUUUUUCAACACUGGGAUCACCAGACCAUUUCCGUCUAAGUUUAGAGCAAGUAGACAUCUUAUGGCACUGCCUCGUAGAAGACUUGGAAUGCUAUGAUGAUGCAUUACACUGGUUCCUAAAUCAGGUGCGCAGCAAGGACCAGCACGCCAUGGGGAUGGAGACUUAUAAACAUCUAUUCUUGGAAAAGAUGCCUCAGCUUAAACCUGAAACGAUCAGUAUGACUGGACUGAACCUGUUUCAACACCUUUGUAAUCUUGCUCGUCUAGCAACCAGCUCGUAUGAUGGGGGCUCAAAUUCUGAGUUGUGUGGCAUGGACCAGUUUUGGGGCAUUGCACUGAGAGCCCACAGUGGAGAUGUAAGCCGUGCUGCUAUCCAGUAUAUCAACUCCUAUUAUAUCAAUGGAAAAACAGCACUAGAAAAAGAGCAUGAGUUUAUUAGUAAGUGUAUGGAAAGCCUUAUGAUUGCUUCUAGUAAUCUUGAGCAGGAUGCACAGUCAAGUCUCACCAUCAUUGAAAGAGGCCUGUUGAUGCUAAAAACACAUCUUGAAGCUUUCAGGAGACGGUUUGCCUACCAUCUAAGGCAAUGGCAGAUUGAAGGCACUGGUAUCAGCAGUCACCUGAAAGCACUAAAUGACAAGCAGUCAUUGCCUCUUAGAAUUGUUUGCCAACCUGCAGGCCUUCCCGAUAAGAUGACCAUAGAAAUGUAUCCAAGUGACCAGGUAGCUGACCUGCGGGCAGAAGUCACCCACUGGUAUGAAAAUUUACAGAAAGAUCAGCUAAAUCAACAGCCUCAGCUUCAAGAGUUUGGACAGAGCAGCCGUAAAGGUGAUUUUCCUGGAGGUCUUAUGGGUCCUGUACGGAUGAUUUCAUCUGGUCAUGAGUUAACAACGGAUUAUGAUGAAAAAACUCUCCAUGAACUGGGAUUUAAGGACAUGCAGAUGGUGUUUGUGUCAUUGGGUGCUCCACGGCGGGAAAGAAAAGGGGACGGAGUGCAGCUUCCAGCAUCGUGCCUGCCGCCUCCACAGAAAGAAAACAUCCCCAUGCUACUUCUCCUGCAGGAACCUCAUCUCACCACUCUUUUUGACUUACUGGAGAUGUUAGCUUCAUUUAAGCCUCCAUCAGGAGAAAUGAACUUAGAAGAUGUUGAGAGCGCUAGGUGUGAGGAGCUGCAUCUCCAUGCAGAGAACCUAUCUAGGCGUGUAUGGGAGCUGCUGAUGUUGCUGCCCACGUGUCCCAAUAUGCUGCAGGCAUUCCAGAAUGUAUCUGAGGAGCAGGGAAAUGAUGGACCAUGUUGGAAGGACUUGCUUCGCAUAAAAAGUGCCCACAAACUUCUCUAUGCUCUUGAAAUUAUUGAAGCUUUGGGCAAGCCUAAUAGAAGAAUAAGAAGAGAGUCAACUGGCAGUUACAGUGAUUUGUAUCCAGACUCUGAUGAUUCUAGUGAAGAUCAGAUUGAGAACAGUAAAAACACGUGGAGCUGCAAGUUUGUAGCUGCUGGCGGUCUACAGCAACUGAUUGAAAUCUUUAAUUCUGGAAUUUUGGAGCCCAGAGAGCAUGAAUCUUGGACUGUGUGGCAGCUGGACUGCUUAGCAUGUUUGUUGAAGUUGAUAUGUCAGUUUGCUGUGGACCCAGCUGAUCUGGAUCUGGCAUAUCAUGACGUCUUUGCUUGGUCGGGAUUAGCAGAGAGCCACAGGAAAAGAACUUGGCCUGGAAAAUCGAGAAAGUCUGGUGCAGAUCAUUCAAAAGGCCUCCACAUACCUCGUUUAACAGAGGUUUUUUUAGUUCUGGUGCAAGGAACGUGUAUGAUUCAGAGGUUGAUGUCUGUUGCUUAUACCUAUGACAAUUUAGCCCAAAGGGUACUGAAAGCUCAAUCUGAUCACAGGUCAAGGCAUGAAGUUACUCACUAUUCAAUGUGGCUCCUGGUUAGCUGGGCGCAUUGUUGUUCUAUGGUGAAAUCUAGCCUUGCAGACAGCGAUAAUUUACAAGAUUGGCUCAAAAAGUUAACUCUUCUUAUUCCUGAGACGGCAGUUCGGCACGAAUCUUGCAAUGGUCUGUAUAAGCUGUCCCUUUCUGGUCUGGAUGGCGGAGACUCAAUAAAUCGAUCAUUCUUGCUUCUGGCUGCAUCAACAUUAUUAAAGUUUCUUCCUGAUGCUCAAGCACUAAAACCUAUUCGGGUAGAGGACUAUGAGGAAGAAACUAUUCUACGACCUGGAUGUAAAGAAUAUUUUUGGUUACUGUGUAAACUGAUAGAUAACAUUCAUGUCAAAGAUGCCAGCCAGACAACAUUGCUUGAUUUGGAUGCGUUAGCAAGACAUUUAGCCGACUGCAUUCACAGCCGAGAAAUCCUGGACUACCAAGAUGGUAAUGUAGAAGAUGAUGGUAUGACGGGGCUUCUCAGACUUGCCACCAGUGUUAUCAAACAUAAGCCCCCUUUCAAAUUUUCAAGGGAAGGGCAGGAGUUCCUCAGAGAUGUUUUCAAUCUCCUUUUCAUGCUACCCAGUCUUAAGGACAGACGGCAGCCAAAAUGUAAAUCUCAUUCUUCCCGAGCUGCUGCAUAUGACCUUUUGGUGGAGAUGGUGAAAGGUUCAGUGGAGAAUUACAGGCUAUUACACAACUGGGUUAUGGCACAGCACAUGCAGUCUUCUCAUGCUCCUUACAAGUGGGACUACUGGCCACAUGAUGAUGUGCGGGCUGAGUGCAGGUUUGUUGGACUCACAAAUCUUGGAGCGACCUGUUAUCUGGCAUCUACCAUUCAGCAGUUGUACAUGAUACCUGCGGCCAGGCAAGCCAUCUUUACUGCUAAGUAUUCAGAUGAUAUUAAACAUAAAACCACCCUUCUAGAACUCCAGAAAAUGUUUACUUAUUUAAUGGAAAGUGAAUGUAAAGCUUAUAACCCAAGGCCAUUCUGUAAGACCUACACCAUGGACAAGCAGCCACUCAACACGGGAGAACAGAAAGACAUGACCGAGUUCUUCACAGACCUUAUUACAAAGAUUGAAGAAAUGUCUCCUGAGCUGAAAAACACAGUGAAGAGUUUAUUUGGAGGGGUCAUUACAAAUAAUGUUGUGUCUUUGGAUUGUGAACAUGUAAGCCAGACAGCUGAAGAAUUUUAUACAGUGAGAUGUCAGGUGGCUGAUAUGAAAAACAUCUAUGAGUCACUGGAUGAAGUCACCAUCAAGGACACAUUGGAAGGUGACAAUAUGUAUACAUGCUCCCAAUGUGGGAAGAAGGUGCGAGCGGAGAAAAGGGCUUGUUUUAAGAAAUUGCCAAGGAUAUUAAGCUUUAAUACGAUGCGGUACACUUUUAACAUGGUCACCAUGAUGAAGGAAAAGGUCAACACGCACUUUUCUUUUCCUCUGCGACUGGAUAUGACACCCUACACAGAAGAUUUUUUAAUGGGAAAAAAUGAAAGGAUAGAAGGUUUCAAAGAGGAAGCGGAGGAUGUCAAAGAGACUGAGAGCUAUGAGUACGACUUAAUAGGGGUCACUGUUCAUACCGGUACCGCUGAUGGUGGACAUUACUACAGCUUCAUCAGGGACAUUGUGAAUCCCCAUGGAUAUAAAAAUAAUAAAUGGUAUCUUUUCAAUGAUGCUGAAGUGAAGCCAUUUGAUUCAGCUCAGCUUGCUUCUGAAUGUUUUGGGGGUGAAAUGACAACAAAAACCUAUGACUCUGUAACUGACAAGUUUAUGGACUUCUCUUUUGAAAAGACUCAUAGCGCUUACAUGCUGUUUUAUAAACGUGUGGAGACAGAGGAGGAAACCAGCAAGGAGGUGAAGUUUGAUGUCUCUUCAGAGCUCCUAGAGUGGAUCUGGCACGACAACAUGCAAUUUCUACAGGACAAAAACAUUUUUGAACACACAUAUUUUGGGUUUAUGUGGCAGCUGUGCAGCAGCAUUCCCAGCACCUUACCAGAUCCUAAAGCGGUGUCUUUAAUGACAGCCAAGCUCAGCACAUCAUUUGUUUUGGAGACUUUUAUUCAUUCAAAAGAAAAGCCCACAAUGCUUCAGUGGAUUGAACUGCUGACAAAGCAGUUUAACAACAGCCAGGCGGCCUGUGAGUGGUUCUUGGACCGGAUGGCUGAUGAUGACUGGUGGCCUAUGCAGAUCCUUAUCAAGUGUCCAAAUCAGAUUGUGAGACAGAUGUUCCAGCGUCUUUGCAUACAUGUUAUUCAAAGGCUGCGAUCUGCACAUGCACACCUCUAUCUUCAGCCAGGCCUGGAAGAUGGCUCCGACGACAUGGAUGGGCCUGUGGAGGACAUUGGCAGCCGCUCUUGUGUUACUCGCUUUGUGAAAACAUUACUUUCUAUCAUGGAGCACGGUGUAAAGCCUCACAGUAAACAUCUCACUGAGUACUUUGCCUUCCUGUAUGAAUUUGUCAAGAUGGGAGAGGAAGAGAGCCAGUUUUUGCUGUCCCUACAAGCCAUAUCAACCAUGGUACAUUUUUACAUGGGAACCAAAGGGCCUGAAAAUCCACAGGUUGAAGUAUUGUCUGAGGAAGAAGAAGGGGAAGAGGAGGAGGAAGAAGAUAUUCUGUCACUGGCUGAAGAAAAGUACAGGCCAGCUGCUCUUGAGAAGAUGAUCGCUCUUAUAGCUUUCCUGGUGGAACAGUCCCGUUCAGAAAGGCAUCUCACAUUGUCCCAGAAUGACAUGGCAGCGUUAACAGGUGGAAAGGGCUUUCCUUUUCUGUUCCAGCAUAUACGAGAUGGAAUUAAUAUCCGACAAACCUGUAACCUCAUUUUCAGCCUUUGCCGAUACAACAACCGUCUUGCUGAGCACAUUGCAUCAAUGCUAUUCACAUCUAUAGCGAAGCUGACCCCAGAGGCUGCUAAUCCUUUCUUCAAACUGCUGACCAUGAUCAUGGAGUUUUCUGGUGGGCCCCCUGGAAUGCCUCCUUUUGCAUCCUACAUUUUGCAAAGAAUAUGGGAGGUCAUUGAGUAUAACCCAUCUCAGUGUUUAGAUUGGCUGGCAGUGCAAACUCCUAGAAACAAGCUAGCACACAGCUGGGUCCUGCAGAAUAUGGAAAACUGGGUGGAGCGUUUCCUUUUGGCCCACAAUUACCCCAGAGUGAGAACAUCUGCAGCCUACCUGUUGGUGUCACUAAUACCAAGCAACUCCUUUCGUCAGAUGUUUAGAUCCACACGCUCUCUUCACAUUCCCACACGAGACCUGCCCCUCAGCCCAGAAACCACAGUGGUACUACACCAGGUGUACAAUGUCCUUUUGGGCCUCCUUUCCAGAGCGAAGCUCUAUGUUGAUGCUGCUGUGCAUGGUACCACCAAGCUGGUGCCCUAUUUUAGCUUCAUGACUUAUUGUUUGAUUUCCAAAACUGAAAAACUUAUGUUCUCCACAUAUUUCAUGGACCUGUGGAACCUUUUCCAGCCAAAGUUGUCUGAGCCAGCCAUAGCCACCAACCACAACAAGCAAGCGCUGCUUUCCUUUUGGUACAAUGUCUGCGUUGACUGUCCGGAGAAUGUGCGCCUUAUUGUUCAGAACCCUGUAGUGACCAAGAAUAUUGCCUUUAACUAUAUCUUGGCGGAUCACGAUGACCAAGACGUGGUGCUCUUCAAUCGUGGUAUGUUGCCAGCUUAUUACGGCAUUCUUCGGAUGUGCUGUGAACAGUCUCCUGCCUUCACUCGUCAACUUGCCUCACAUCAGAACAUUCAGUGGGCCUUUAAAAACCUUACGCCACAUGCCAGCCAGUACCCUGCGGCUGUAGAAGAGCUGUUCAAUCUCAUGCAGCUCUUUGUAGCUCAGAGACCAGACAUGAGAGAGGAGGAGCUGGAAGAUAUCAAACAGUUUAAGAAAACUACCAUAAGUUGUUACUUGCGUUGUUUAGAUGGUCGCUCCUGCUGGACAACUUUAAUAAGUGCCUUUAGAAUAUUGUUGGAGUCUGACGAAGACAGACUUCUGGUUGUAUUCAAUAGAGGAUUAAUCUUAAUGACUGAGUCUUUUAACACUUUGCAUAUGAUGUACCAUGAAGCCACAGCCUGCCAUGUGACUGGAGACUUAGUGGAGCUUUUGUCCAUAUUCCUGUCUGUCCUCAAGUCCACACGUCCUUAUCUACAGAGAAAAGAUGUUAAGCAGGCCCUGAUUCAGUGGCAGGAACGAAUUGAAUUUGCUCACAAACUCUUAACCUUGUUAAAUUCGUACAGUCCUCCAGAACUGCGAAAUGCUUGUAUAGAUGUCCUAAAAGAACUUGUGCUGUUGAGUCCUCAUGAUUUUUUGCACACACUUGUUCCAUUUUUACAGCACAAUCAUUGUACAUACCAUCAUAGCAACAUCCCAAUGUCUCUUGGUCCAUACUUCCCAUGUCGUGAAAACAUGAAACUUAUUGGAGGAAAAAGCAAUAUUCGCCCCCCUCGUCCAGAGCUUAAUAUGUGCCUCUUGCCCACAAUGGUUGAAUCAAGCAAGGGUAAAGAUGAUGUGUAUGACCGCAUGCUGCUAGAUUACCUGUCUUCAUAUCACCAGUUUAUCCAUCUCCUUUGCCGUGUUGCAAUCAAUUGUGAGAAGUUUACUGAAGCUUUGAUAAAGCUGAGUAUCCUGAUUGCAUAUGAAGGGCUCUCGUUACAUCUUGCAUUGUUUCCUAAACUCUGGACGGAAUUAUGCCAAACACAGACUUCGCUGGCAAAGAACUGCAUCAAGUUGCUGUGUGAAGAUCCUGUUUUUGCAGAAUAUAUUAAAAGUAUUUUAGUGGAUGAACGUGUUUUCAUCAACAACAAUGUGGUGUACACGUUCCUCACCCAUUUCUUGGUAAAGGUUCAAAAUCAGGUCUUCUCAGAAACCAACUGUGCAAGCCUCAUUAACACCAUUAUUACACAUGUCAUCAAUCAGUAUCAAAAUGUGGAGUCUGACUUUAUCAGCAGGAUUGAAAUUUCCAAAGCAAGCAGCACUUUAAAUGGGGAUCUCAGAGCGUUGACUCUACUCCUUUCAGUUCACACUCCAAAACAGAUGAACCCAGCCUUAAUACCAACCUUACAAGAUCUCUUGAGCAAAUGUAGAGCCUGCCAGCAGCAAAGAAAUUCAUUACAAGAGCAAGAAUCCAAAGAAGGUAAAACAAAAGAUGACGAAGGUGCUACUCCAGUGAAACGCCGGCGAGUUAGUAGUGAUGAGGAACAUAUGGUUGAUAGCUGUAUGACUGAUCUUAAAACAGAGCGUGAAGCAUCCACCCCCACAAGCACAUCUGACAAUGAGACAAGAGACUCUUCUAUUAUUGAUCCAGGAACAGAGCAAGAUCCACCCUCGCCAUUGCCACUGUCUGCUAAAGAAUACAGAAUAGAAGUGCCGUCAUCUCUCACAGAAGACAUACUGCCUGCGAGGCCACAGCCAACAGACGAGCAGCCUGGCUGCAGCAUGAAGUUCGAAGAGAGCAAAGAAGUAAAAGAGCUCCAGAGCCCAAAGGAGACGAAUGUGACGGAGGACGACAAUGAGCUCCCUUCCACUUCCAUUUCUGCAGUGCUAGCUGACUUAGCAGACUUAAGGAGCUGUGAUGGGCAGCCAUCGCCCACACAGGACAGCCAGGAGCUCAGCCUGUCAUUAAACUGCGAGCAUUCCAGGGGACUUUUUAGUCAUGUACAACAAAAUGACAUUUUAGAUACCCUGUGCAGGACCAUUGAGUCCACCGUUCUUGUGGUCUCAAGGAUAUCAGGAAAAGAAAACAAAGCUGCUUCUUGACAUUAGUUGUAGCACGUCUGCUUUUAAGUCUUUUUUUUUCAUAUUUUUUUUAAAUGCUGUUUGUAUACAAGUUUUGCAGUUUCUUUUCUUUUGUUUUUGUUUCAAUUUUGUGCUUCGAUUUGUCAAGUGCUUUCUGCUUGAAUGGCAAGCUAGAUUUAUAUGCUUCAUUCUUGUUCAGGCAGAAGUCAAGAAACAAAAGUUGCAUCUGCAGUUCACUUUGUAAAGGCCAAUCAUAAUGGUUAUGUUUUAUGUAAUUCAGGUUCGCUGUAGUGGCAAUU